ACUACUUCCUUUUCUUUCCGGGGCGCGCGGCGGCAAGAUGGCGGUGCAGAUUUCGAAGAAGAGGAAGUUUGUCGCUGAUGGCAUCUUCAAAGCUGAACUGAACGAGUUCCUCACUCGGGAGCUGGCUGAAGAUGGCUACUCUGGGGUUGAGGUCCGAGUUACACCAACCAGGACAGAAAUCAUUAUCUUGGCCACCAGGACACAGAAUGUUCUUGGUGAAAAGGGCCGGCGGAUCCGAGAAUUAACUGCUGUGGUUCAGAAGAGGUUUGGUUUCCCCGAGGGCAGUGUAGAGCUUUAUGCUGAAAAGGUGGCUACAAGAGGUCUGUGUGCUAUUGCCCAGGCAGAGUCUCUGCGUUACAAACUCCUAGGAGGCCUUGCUGUGCGGAGGGCCUGCUAUGGUGUGCUGCGGUUCAUCAUGGAGAGUGGGGCCAAAGGCUGUGAGGUCGUGGUAUCUGGGAAACUCCGAGGACAGAGGGCUAAAUCCAUGAAGUUUGUGGAUGGCCUGAUGAUUCACAGUGGGGACCCUGUUAACUACUACGUUGACACGGCUGUGCGCCAUGUACUGCUCAGACAGGGUGUGCUGGGCAUCAAAGUGAAGAUCAUGCUUCCUUGGGACCCAAGUGGUAAGAUUGGCCCUAAGAAGCCCCUGCCGGAUCAUGUGAGCAUUGUGGAACCCAAAGAUGAGAUACUGCCCACCACCCCCAUAUCGGAACAGAAAGGUGGGAAGCCAGAGCCUCCUGCUAUGCCACAGCCAGUACCCACAGCAUAACAGGGUCUCUCCGGCAGCUGGAUCUGGAGACUGGAUUUCAAUCCGCAAAGAACUUUAAUAAAAUCUUUGAGAAAGAUA